UACAGUGCCACCAUUGCAAGUAAUCACAUUUUUGCAUUUCUUGGUCGCCUUUUUUUCAUGCUGCAAUAAAACGUUGAUUAUCCGAACUAAUGAGGGGACAUAGAUGCGCGAAAAAACAUUGCCAAUGAAAAACUUUUCUACGGGACGAAUCUCUGCCAUAUUUAUAUGGGCCAAAGUAUGAAAUCAACACUUUACAAGCUGUUCGUAUAACCUAUCGUUCGUAUAAUCGACGUUCUACUUUAUGUACAGCCGUGAGCAGAAACGGUCCUUUAAAAUAUUAUUGUAAGUUAAUGCCAUUACACUAUAAUAAGAACGCAUCCCAGAAAGAUUACUCAGAAAACUAGACUCCUAAUUCGUAAAAAAACGUUUAAUUUAGAAGUUUCAGCAGGAAAGUAUUACGGAUCGUUAAUGCCGUAAAUGCUUGAGGGAUAACAGUAUACUAUUUUUCAGCAAUGCAUCAGAAACGUGUUGUUUACAUGUUGCUCGACAAUUCACGCUUAAAGGUUGCAUGCUAUACUUGUAUGACGCAACAGCACUCUUCAUAAGUUUGUAGACAUAUAUAUGUAUACAGCAAAUUGCAAAACUUGAUGCUGUCAUAGUUUUUCUCCGAUUACACUUUGCUCUCUGGGUAUAAUUCCAAGUCCUUAUCAACCUCUAAUUGACAAUAAGAAAGUUUAUACCUCUACAGUAAAUGGUUCUAACUUGGAUGUACCAGAUAGUAUAUGGUGCAUAUAGGUAAGUUAAUUUCUGACUAGUGAAACAAAUAGAACAGGAGAGAAUGCCAAAGAGUAGGCAGUCUUACUAUUGACUGGCUUCCCAGACGCAGUAGACGUACUCGCCCCAUCACCUUGGUUUACCCUAGUUCGUCUGGCCACGUCUGCCCUGUACUGUCCUGCUCUGCUUUCGGCUCUAUGGUGGAGUGCGGCGUCGCACUACUAUAUAUUACAGAGUGACUCACUGCUCCUCACGAAUGGCUACGGAUUCUCACAAUCACACACAAGGAACUCGUCGUCGACCCGCUCUUCCUGGCGCUCGACCCCUGCAAGGGGGUUCGUUCAAAAGUUAUCUGGCGAGAUAACAGUAUUGAAACGCAGCUCGUGUUCUAUUUGGAGUAAAAGUUUGUAAUGCCUUUAAUGACUUAGAUAUCAGUCGAAUACAUUUAUAUACCCUGUGCUUAAAAAAUUGUCAAAUAAUACAACAUUGUGUUUAAAGAAAACUGGGACACUUUUUCAUACAGACAAAGCAGGUUACUAAAAAUAGACACGUAGCAAGGGGAUAAAAUAAAUCACGAAUGCAAAUUCCAAGGUGAUUUGAUGGCGUUCGGAUUUUCAAGUCUACCAACGGGGUUCGCGUGGCUUGGCGAUCGAAAUGCGGCCAGAUGAUCCGGUCGAGAUAAUUUCCGGCAUGCAAGUAUAGCAAAGUCGAGUAUCUGCUGCUAGGGGUGAACGAGCUUGGGGUUGUCGGCGUGGGGGCGGAUGAGGCCGACGGAGUCGACGAGGGCGGCAAACCCUUCGUCAGUUGCGUGACGCCUGCCGGCUACGUCGCGCAUAUCGCGAUCGCGACUUUAGGCUUAAUGUCAUCCACGUGCUUUUGCAAGCUCGCGACGCGUUACCGCAGUUGCGCCCUGGCGCCUUCGCAUGCCUCCUUUGAACUAAUUUCCUAACUAUUGUCAAACAGUAUUCAAGUUGAGAGUAAAAUUACCCCGAGAAAAAUAAUGUCAGUGCAUCGCAGAACCAGGAAUAAUUUCUGUACGAGGUGAAACUCCUACAAACAGGAUACAACGCGUUCUGGAUCUACUGGAGUUUCACAAAAUGACAAGGACUGCAGUGCGCUGUCAUUGGCUUCAACGGUCUAACAUGAAGGUUCUAUACUCUCUUUCCAACUCAGCGCUAUGAGGGAUAUCGAGCGGUCUGCAGGUUCGAGUUAAAUAAUAACAGCCAGGCUUUUUAAUAUAUAAACAGGAACGAGAAUGACGCACCUGUUCAGGGUAUAAAGGGGCCAGUGAGCUGAGGUUGCUAUAGGGGUAGUCAGGUUAGACUAGGGUUACCGACCUACUCGUACGCUGAUCGCAUCUUACACAGAUGUUAUGUUAGAAUCAGCCUGAGUCUAAGUCCCACGGACUCUCGGAAGGGGUUUCACGAGACAAGGGGUGAGUUUGGCUGUACGAGAAGCAUGCUCGGGGGAUGACAGGACGGCGAUGGAGGUGCGGUAGGAAGGUGGGAAGCGCGCGGGUGGAUGCAUCCCGCACAAUGCGUACUGGGUUGCCCGUGGGGGAGUCCCAAACCGAAACUCAUCGCCAUCGCCAUGGUAACCACAACGAUGUGUAGGUACGACGCCGCGGCGCUUGCUGCAUCGAGAAACCUACUUUCAAGGACGCCUCUACGGCAGCACGCUCCCCUUGGCAGAACUAGGAGGAUCAGCCCGACGACGAGUUUCCUACGAUGACGCUGUCCAGGUUCUCGUAAUGCUGUUAGCCAGCGGAGCGUCGAUACCGACGAUCGCCGGUGCUGUGGAAGAGGAGUACGCUCAGAGCGAAGCGAACAGCGGCCAUUGCGAUGGUUACGUCACCGAUCAUACCGAUCUCGCAUCGGAGAUCGACAUCGACGAGUCUGAAUAUCGUCGCGAGCUUCUGAACGAUAGAUGGCGCAUGCUCUUCGACAAGUACGAUCCCGAGGGUUUCGGCGAGAUUCCUCUCGAGGACUUCCUCGUCGCUCUUCAGAGUACCGAGUGGAAAACGGAAAUUCCGGCGAACAAGCGAGACAUCCUAUUGGCGAGGGUGAAGGAAUCCCGGCUUCAGGCUAUCACGUUCCAGGACUUUGUCAACGUGAUGAGCGGAAAGCGCACUAGGAGCUUCAAAUGCGCCGUUCACCACCGGGACCGGGAGGUCUGCUCGGAGAACGACUUUCACCUGCUGCUCCACGAGCCCCCGUUAUUUCGCAGGAUGGUCCGCAUGAUCGGCGACGAGUUCCUCACGGAAGAACGCGACCGGAAGUACUACGCGGAUCAUUACACCUGCUGCCCGCCGCCGUUAUUCAUCAUACUCAUAACCCUCGUCGAGUUGGGUUUCUUCACGUACUACACAGUGGCGAUGGGCGAGGUAAAUCCUUCGGGUCCAGUUCCCAUCGACAGCGUCUUCAUCUACCGACCCGACAAACGUCUCGAGCUGUGGAGGUUCGCCUUCUACAUGUUCCUUCAUGCGGGGUGGCUUCACCUGCUGUUUAACCUGGGGGUACAGGUGGUCGUGGGUCUUCCUCUGGAAAUGGUACACGGAAGCCUGAGGAUCGCGGCGGUCUACAUGGCCGGAGUCCUCGCCGGUUCGCUGGGCACGUCGGUCUUCGAUACGGACGUGUACCUGGUGGGAGCCAGCGGUGGUGUUUACGCCCUCCUCGCUGCCCACCUCGCCAACGUUUUACUCAACUACAACAACAUGGAGUUCGGGAUCGUUCGACUGAUCGGGAUCUUCAUUAUCGCCAGCGCGGACGUCGGCUUCGCCAUCUACGACAGGUACGCGGCUGAGCAGAUGGGACCCCCCGUCUCCUACGUUGCGCACCUGACCGGCGCCUUGGCAGGACUGACGAUCGGCCUCCUCGUCCUGAAGAACUUCGAACAACGGCUACACGAGCAGCUACUCUGGUGGGUCGCGCUCGGCGUCUACGCAGCCUGUACCAUCUUCGCGGUCAUGUACAAUCUGAUGCAUCCAGACUAUCCAUGACGUGAGGUCAGCUUCGCGUAUGGUCCACGGAACACGUAACGCGAAGCUGCCACCGUGACGCCUAUUGUGACUCGUCGAGGACGCAAUCAGCAAGCUCAUGCCAAAAACAUAUUGGAAGGGACGGACAGUGACGGGAGCAGAGCCAAUGGAGAUGAGGAUGACAAAUUGGGAGGGGGGAGAGAUGGAGGAGGAUUGUGGCCUGGUGCCACGCACAGGAAACGUACCAAAGAAUAUCCAAGGAGAAGAUGGAGAGAAUCGAGCGCGCCGUGAGACACGCUACCGGAUGAAGAGACCGAUGCAGGGAAGAACGGAAGUCAUGGACCGGCGGGCUGGUUCGAGGGACUUCCGGUUCUGGGACCUCAUCGACGCACGUGUUAAUUUGGGUACCUUUGACAUUGACGAACUCGUGGAUGGAGCCUUGAGUCUCUUUCUGGAUGAUCUUGUCGCACUUGGCGUCUCUGGUUUUGCAACCUCAGUGAAGUGAGACACCAAGCGAGUCCUUGGCGUUGAACGGCAGGGAGGGACAGAGAGAGCGACUUAAGAGGGCCAAACUGAAACUCUCGUUAAUCCUUAAGCAGCAAAGAGGGAAGUACCUGAUUGGACGCACUUCUUGAUAUCUUAAUACCUGCGAGACGAAAGUUCUACGAGUGAGUCGCGGGUACCGUUGUUUCCAUUAAGUAAUCCAUUAGUCGCGGAGGGGAGUUUCCAGAUGGAAGGUCGCGCGUGGCAGAACCGGAAGAAGAGUGACUUGUUAGCUAUUCGGCACGGAUAAUGGUACUUCCUCUCUUUACCAUUCCAGAAUUAAUAUACUUUAAAGAGAUUCCUUUGAGGGUCCCUGCCCGUCUCGUAAUACGUCAUUCGGACUGCAAGCGACAAGAAGUUUCCAGGAGAGCAAAAGGCUCCAAGAGACGGUGCGACAGGAAGUUCAGAGGUGAAAGUGAAAAUUCCAAAAUUUCAACCGGACCAACUGAUAUCGUGAAACGUGGGUCCCAGGUACAGAGGAAAAUGACGACUUGAUAAAAAACAAAUCCCCAAACUCAAGGAGGCUGACGUCCGCGGCUGUGUCUCUCGGUCGUCGCUGAAGGAACCCGGAGAGGGAGAGGAAGCAGUAAACCGGAAGAAGAGGACGAACAAUCAAAAAGCCAAACCAACUAUUCGCUAGACGUGUCAUUAACUUGGUUUCAUUUAUUUUUAUACCUAAGACUGGAACCGGGAAACGCAAGGUGACGAAGAUAUCCAUGGCCAGCGCUAACCACUAAAAGACUGAAUCUUUCAAAUUUCUUCAUAAUCAUUAAGCGCGCGCGCGCCAAAGCGUAAUAAGCCGUUUUCGCGGUCAGUGAGAAUUAUGAAAACAGAGUAUGUAUGUAUGCGUGCGUUGGUGUCAACGCGAGAGCGUAAGGUAGCGUGCGAGUGGGACAGAAUGAAAGUUUGGACGAAUGAUAACUAAAGAUGCAAGAGUGUGCUACCAAGGUGAGAAAACUAAAGAAAAACUGUUAUAACAAAAUGCGAGAUCGUUCCGUGGCUUAAGAAGUUUCCGCGUUGUUAAAAAGACGCUUUUUAUUUUUCCUCGUGCACUUGCGCGUGUAAAGCAGCAGCGGAGCCUUUUUUCUUCUUGUUCACGUAGUCAAAUCGGCAAUCGGUCGCCCGUUCGUUCCUUUCAACGCCGAGCGACGGCCUUUCGUUACAUGGCGAUGCACCCUUACACGCGAUUGACACCGUUACAACGAAUCCCUCGCCGGUAUUCCGCCUACGUAAUCGUAAUCCUAAAGGUACGCUCACAAUUGUGCACCAUUGUAAAUACGAUUGUAUAGCUCGUGUACAUGCGCAGAUCGAAGGAGAGAGAUAGGGCUAGAUAUAGUUAGUACGUAGCAUUAAGGAGCGAGCGAGCGAGCGAAAGAGGGGAGAAGAAGGACCCAGUGGUAGUGGAGAAGUGCGCAUGCGCGAAUUAAGACCGGACCACCGAGUAAUUACGGGAAAUCGUAUCGUAACGAGACUGCUUUCUAGGCCUCUACCGGCCACGUAGCGAAGUCGAGCGCUGCGAGACUCGAGGAUGCUCCAGUUGAAAAAUACAGAAACUCUAAGGGCAAGCGCAGCGGGGGAGGAAGACUCGGCGAACGUGGCGUUCGCUGCCGUCUAGCCGGGCGUUACGUGUUUCGCUGCAUAAAUGCAAAGCUUUAACCUGGCCGAUGCGUGCCGAGAGUUUCGCGUGACUGUUUUAUCCCUCGAGCACGCAGCCUACGGCGUCGAUUUGCGAACCGGUGGCAAAUACGUGAAUUGAGAAUUCACCUGGUGUUGUUUUGUGGACUCGCGACAACGCUUCGCCGAGAGACCCCCCCGUGGCGUGGAGCGAAUAAGAAAAAUGAUGAAAAAUGACUUACGUGUUAAGCGCCGACUAGAAAAACCUAGAGAAGGCCUUUUUCCAUGCGAGUUGUUGAACAACGUAAUUCCUUUCGCUCGCUCGCUCGAUUCCCUCGUUCGCGCGAGUCUGGGCUUCUGCUGGACCUCAUUCGUUUUACAUGUUCUUAAGUUAUUUAUCGUUAUUUAUAUUUAUUCCUAGAGUCGCCGCCCAGCGAGCAGGAUCGCGUUACCGGUCGCUAGCCGUGUUCACUAAAGUGAUGAAAAAUUGUUGAGAUGGAACGCAGAACACGGUCGGGCUUUGAGAGCAGAGCUAAACAGGCUGGUGAGAAAUUUCGUUGAAGAGUCGAGGGUUAAUAUAAUUUUUAAUUGACCCGCAACCUACUAGACCUCCAUGGUUUGCCGAGUCUGUCGCCGGUAUAACCCCGAUGGAAAAUAUUUUGAAUGGCCGUGAUGAGGAGGGACGUUCG